AUGCCCGAGUCAGCCCACGACGUAUCACUCGCGGUUCGCACACUUACAGCCGGCGCUGAAGCCUUUGACGGCAAAUGCCAGUUUGCUAUACGUGGUGGCGGCCACACUCCUUUCAAGGGCGCCGCCAACAUGGAAAACGGCAUCGUCAUUGACCUCAAGAAUAUCCCCGCCGCCGGCAUCUCUGCCGACCACAAGACAAUCACCGUAAGCCCCAGCCAAACCUGGGACCAGGUCACGGAGCAGCUCGACCCAUUUGACCUGAGCACCCUCGGGGCCCGCGUCGCUGGUGUUGGCGUGGGCGGCGCCGUCCUCAACUGCGGAACCUCCUUCUUCUCCCCCCGCUAUGGCUUCAUCUGCGACGUGGUCGAGGAGUUUGAAGUCGUCCUCGCUAAUGGCGAUAUCGUUCACGCCAGCGCGAACCAACAUCCCGAUCUGUGGAAGGCCCUCCGCGGCGGUGGCAAUAACUUUGGCGUCGUCACUUCCAUCACCAUGAAGACCUUCACGCAAGGCAAGUUUUGGGGCGGCCAGACUUUCCACGACAUCUCCACGCGCAAGGAACACUUCAAGGCCCACGAGACACUCGCCUCCAUGCACCCCUACGACCCUUACGUGCACUACAUAAACAACCUAGUCCUCAGCAACGCCACGCGAAGUUGGUUCAUCGGCAACAGCCUGCAGUACACAAAGAGUGAUCCACCUGUCAUCGAGCCCGAAGUCUUCAAGCCCCUCCUUGCCAUUGAACAGAAGGCCCUUUUCCCCGGUGGCCCCUCUAACACCAUCCGUGUCGACAACGUCACCUCCAUCUCGCGCGAGUAUGCUGCGCUGGCAACCUACCCGAAGCGCUGGAUCUUUGCAACUGUCAGCUUCGCGCCCUCGGCAGACAUAAUGGAGGAGUUCUUCCAGCUCGCUGACGCGGCUUUCACCCCCCUCCUCGACCUCGACGGCUUCGCGGUAGCCAUGGCUUACCAACCCGUUCCCAGCGUCAUGUCGGAACGCAACGGCGCCGUCGACUCUCUGGGCCCGGUACAAACGCAGGGUAACCUUGUUUACAUCCACUUGGGAGUGUCUGUCGAUGAGAAUGAGAAAGACAGUGAUGAGGUUGUGGAGAAGACGGUACAGAAGCUGGUGGGUGAUGCCGAGACCAAGGCGAAGAAGAUGGGGCUACACAGGAGCUAUCUCCAGGCAACAUACGCCGAGAGCUGGCAAAAUCCCAUUGAGCGACGGAGUAAGAGUACUCUGCAAGAGCUUCUUGCAACGAGCGAGAAGUAUGAUCCGCGCCAGGUCUUCCAGAAGCAAGUCCCUGGUGGGUUCAAGCUGCCGGUGCCGAGCACCGGAGGAGUCAGGUCUGAUCUCAAGUGA